AUGGAGUCCAAGUUCUUUUCCUCUUCUGCGCCGGCCGGACCGAUCAAGCGUGGCCUGGCCGAAGAGUUGAAGCAAUCGCCCACAGCAAAGCGGGCCAAGCGGGCUAAGCGCAACAAGAGGCGUCACUUUAACAGAGAGAAGCAGUCGAAUGCCUACAACGAACAGAACGACUGGGCUUUCUCUGACAUUAGUCCUGCGACUGGCAGUUCCGUCGCCGGGAACCAAACCCCGAUCAGGGUUCCGACUCCGUUCCAAUUCAAGCGGGCGGCCAAAGAGAUCCGGUUGCUGAACUCGGCCGAGAAGGCGAAGGUCGAAUCGAAGAGCAAGGGCAAAGAGCUAGCAGCUGAGAUCAUUGAAAACCCGCGCAAUCGUGCAGAGCCACCCACAGCGCAGAGCGGCCCCAAGCCAGAGGCAAACAUCCGGAAAACAAGGGCCGAGCGGGAGAUCAAGAAAGAGGAAGAGGAUGCGAUCAACAACUGGAACACAUAUGUCCCGGCUAUUGCCGGCCCGUCUAAGCCCAGAACCAUCAAGAACUGGGCGGCUGAUGAGUCUGCCAUGGAUAUCAGUUCCCCGAGCGACAUCGCCCCCUUAGUCGACUAUACUUUCAAGGCCUUCCCCAACCCGACGACCCCUUCCUAUAUAAAGGAGUCCAAAUCCCAGCACUCCGAGACCACCCUUCCGAAAACGCCUCCCCGCGAGUCAGGCGAGACAGCACAAUCUCCCUUCUCCCCCAUCCUCCCCGGUGACUCCGCCCCAGCGGACACCAAGACCCUCAAGGCCAUCAACAAGCAUCUCAAGUCGCUCGAGGCCAAGCUCACAGCGGGUGUCAGCUGCGCGGACCACGCGAACAACAACUCCCACAAGAUCGAGGACACCGCGCUCCAGUCCCUGCGCACCGACCUCGCCCAGCUGCAGGAUCGCGUAGAGAUCGAGGGGCUGAGGGAGGCAGCCCGCCACCAGGUGCUCUUCAACGCGCUGGUCAAGGUGUCAAGCGACGUGGCGGCCUUGAGCGCCCGCGUUCAGGCUCAGCAGCAGCAGCAGCAGCAGCAGCAGCAGCAGCAGCAGCAGUAUCCCUGGCACCCUGAUUAUGACAGUUACGGUGUUGCCAGCGGUAACGGUGGUUACGCCGCAGAGAUGGGCGACGCCGGCGAGCACGCCGGCACCGGCUCUGGCGGCGCGGGACGUGAGAAUCUUGGCACCGGCGGUACCCCCCGGUCGGCGAAGAAGACGAUGGACGUCAAAGGCAAGCGCAGGGCCGGGCUGGAGCAGUCGCGGAAGACGCUCGAGCAGUGCCUGAGGAUCUAUACCGAGGAUAUGAACCGGGCCAGUACCAAGGAGGAGGUGGAGCGGUAUGGCUGGCUGUGUGUGCAGUACGCGGGGGAUCUGUUCAAGACCUUGGGUUGA